AUGAAUGUUUUCACGAUAAAAGAUAUUCCAGAUUUCUCAAAAAAAGAACGAAUUGUAGUAAUUGGUGUUAUAGGAAAAUCACCAUAUCGUUAUCCUAAUAAAACUACCCCACUUUUACCAAGUACGAAAUGUGAAGAAAAUGGUAUUGAAUGUCACUGGGAUGAACGAAGGAGUAUUUUAUAUCUGCACGCCAUCACAUAUCUGGAUACUAGACAACUGACAUUACUAGCAGCUGACCUAGAUGAGAAUUCAAAGAGCUCAGUGAAGGAUGCUGAUGCAGCACAUUGGUUGGUGGCAGCUGGAGAGCUAGCAAUAGAGUCGUGCAGAUUGAUGGCAUUAAUGUUCCAUUUAUGUCAUAUUGUUGUGCUCUCUCUGCCAACACCUGUGUUUGAUCUGGGGUACCUACAGAUUUUUGAAGCUAUUGAUGGCUACAGAAAUGAAUUAUCAGCUCAAACUAAAGCUGCCUUAAUAGAAGCCAAUGUUGGCGGCAACUGGGAGACCCAUGGCAGACCGUGUUGCCCGCGCUUGCUUUUCCACUUCCGUAGGGCACCAACACCUCUACGCAAGGCUCCUGCGGCAUUGAAACGACUCGAACAUGCUGUUGAAGACCAGUUGUAUUUUAUGCUAAGAAAGACCAGGAUUAUUACUAAUGUUUGUGCCAAGUCGGUCUUUGCCAUUCCCAAAAAUGAAGAGUUUGUUUACAUAAAUACGGAGGAAGAGGCGGGUUGCGCUCGUGACGUCAGUUUUCUAGUCCGAGGGCUUGUCCAGUUGUGUACAGGAGCAGAGCCCGAGCCUCCCAGCGAGAGGCCUAACUUCCGACAGUUUUUGCAGGGACACAUCGAUUUGGCAUUUACAGAGGGCUUUGAUGACAAUGUCGGGAAGUAUGCUAUGAGCACUUCUUUCUUUGAGUUGCCGAGUGCUGCAACAUGGCGAAAGGCAGCGCAAGCGCUCACGCCUAUAUACCUACAGACUUCAAAGCCCAGUGAAGAAAAGGAAGCUAGUGGAGCACUGUUUGACACAUUGGCCACUGACGUGCGCUUCUCGCAGGCGAGGUGCGCUAAGGUUCUGCCCAUUGCACAAGCAUCUUAUGCAGAGGGUUUACCACCAUAUUACUCCAGCCGACAACAUGCUAUUAAGGUGAACGUGGCGAUAGGCGAGCUGGAGGCGAUGGCGCGCGGGCCGCUGCUGGGCGCGGCGCGCGCGCGCCUGCUGGCCGCCUGCGCCGCCGCCGCGCGCCCGCGCCGCCUGUGCGAGGCGCUCUCGCUCAGCGCGCACCCCUGCCUCGAGCCCGAACAUGACAGCAGUAAAGAGCAUUCGUCGGGCAUACGAUACAUUAGUGCGUGCAACUGUGGGCGGACCAAGUGCUCCCGCGAGGACCCGUACACGCUGCGACAAGCCAACUACGACUUCUACCAGCAGGCGGCCGAGGAGUGCGGUAUCUGCAACACUCUGCAGUCUAUCGAGAUGCCGGUGUUCCAGCCCUCGACGCCUACCUUCAGGGCGGCUUCAGUAAAAGGAUCGCGGUGCGAGGAACCAGGGGAAGGUGUGGAAGCGGCGGUGGAGGGCGGAUCCAUAGAAUCUGGUGCGUCGGCUGAGUGCGAGGGCUUGGCCUGGUCGCCGCACGUCUUGUCUCCGGGCUCCGCACCGGGAUCCGCACCGGGAUCCGCGCCGGGAUCAGCUCCGGGAUCCGCACCGGGAUCUGUACGAGGGGAAAACGACGAUCACGACCACCACGAUACGACCGCAACCAGCGACCAGCGGGACGGCUUGGAGCUCGUCCCGCUCAGGGAGGACACUGCCACCGAGAAAGUAAUAAGCCGUCAGCCGUCAACAACAGAGUAUUUACCUGGAAUGCUGCAUACGACGAGUCCAGCCAAUCUGUUGCCGGCGUUCCCGAGCUGGUCCCUAGUGUGUCUCGGCCCUUCGUCCCUCUACUCCCACAGUUUGGGUCUACCCGAGCAUUUGCAGCCCGGCUUCUUGCCGCACACGAAUUAUCUUCUCCCCUGGGACUGCACAGUGAGAAAUGAGCAAGCGAGUGCGUGGCGAGCAUCCCGUGGGCGUGGCAAAGGAACGCCACAACAUCACCUUACUGUCAAGAUCUUUAUUGGAUUCGAGUAUGAGUGUCCAAGAGGACAUAGGUUCAUGAUGUCGUCUCCAGAUGGUGCAGUGAACAACGGCGGUGGUGCGGGCACUGCGGGUGCGGGUACCGCUGCGGGCGGUGGCGGCGGGGGCGGGGGCGGCGGGGGCGGGGGCGGCGGGUGGGCGCGCGAGGCGGCGGCGGGCGCGCGGCUGGCGGGCGCGGCGCUGCCGGUGCGCGCCGCCUGCCUGUGCCGCGCCGCGCCGCGCGCCCUGCACCACUCGCACCACCCCCACCACGCGCACCAGCCCCACACGCUCACCCACAUGGCACACCUCGCGCGCGUGCACGUCGUCACGCCCAAGGCGCCCGUGCACGUCACGCUUGACCCCAAGGUGCAACCGAUUAAGGGCGGACCAAUCUUCAUCCCACGUCCCGUGGGCGAGCCACCGCUGAAACUGAGCGCGUCCGCCUACUGGAUACUGCGGCUGCCCUAUGUGUACUGGUAUGAGCGUGGGCCGCUUCCCCGCCCGCGACGCUAUUCCUCUCCCUCCCCCUCACAGUGGGGCUGCCUGUUGCCGCCGCUCUUCGGCCUGCAGGACUAG